GGAUCCCACGCGGAGCGAAGAGGGAGGAAGGAAAGAGAGAGGAAGAGGCCGAGGCGGCUUCAUCCCUCCCCCCUCCUCCUCGAUCGAUUGUCGCGAUCUCCUGAUCCCUAGCUUUUCGAUCUGAAUCCCAUCUUCCUUUCUUGGAACCGGGGAUCGGGGGUCGAUGGCGGACGGCUCCGCGACGCGCCGCCUGCGCGAGAUCCAGUCGCGGACGGGGAACAGGACAUGCGUCGACUGCGCCCAGAAGAACCCGCAGUGGGCCUCCGUCUCCUACGGCGUCUUCAUGUGCCUCGAGUGCUCCGGGAAGCACCGGGGCCUCGGGGUUCACAUCAGCUUCGUCCGGUCCGUCACCAUGGACGCGUGGUCCGAAGCCCAGCUUAAGAAGAUGGAGGCCGGUGGCAACGAUCGCCUCAAUGGGUUCCUUGCCCAGUGCGGCGUACCAAAGGAGACCGACAUCGUCGUCAAGUACAACACCCAGGCCGCUGCCGUCUACCGCGACCAGAUCGCGGCCGUCGCCGAUGGCCGACCCUGGCGCGACCCGCCCGUCGUCAAGGAAACGCUCGGUUCCGGGGCAAGGAAGCCGCCGUCGGGGCGGAGCGCCGGGAAAGGUGGUAACUUGGCGGGUAAUGGUAGUUGGGAUAGUUGGGACGGCGACGACGUCACAUCGUCUUCCGAUAUCAGGAGGAAUCAGUCGGUGGGCGAUUUUAGGGCGGGGAGCGAAGGAGGAAGAGGGGUGAAUCCGCCCUCCAGAUCCAGAUCGACGGUUGAUAUAUACACUAGGGCUCAGCUGGAGGCAUCCGCCGCCAACAAGGAGGGCUUUUUCUCGACGAAGAUGGCAGAAAAUGCUUCUCGGCCUGAGGGAAUUCCACCAUCUCAGGGCGGAAAGUAUGUUGGUUUCGGAUCGACUCCACCACCCUCUGCUCAGAGGAACAACCCUCAGACUGAUGUUCUCCAGGAUACGUUUUCCAUUGUUUCUCAGGGUCUGGGCCGGCUUUCUUUUAUUGCUACCUCUGCUGCACAGUCAGCUGCUAAUGUUGUUCAAGCUGGCACAAAGGAGCUGACAUCAAAGAUGAUAGAGGGAGGUUAUGAUCAGAAAGUCAAUGAAACUGUGAAUGUCGUUGCCACCAAAACCACUGAGAUUGGGCAGAAGACAUGGGGGAUCAUGAGAGGUGUUAUGGCAAUGGCAUCUCAAAAGGUUGAAGAAUAUGCCAAAGAAGGGAUCAACUGGAACGAGGAUGAUUGGUCAUGGAAGGAGAGUGAGAAAAAUGGUCCUUAUCAAAAGUUUGGGCAAAACAACAAGGACUGGAAUUCUUUCGAAGAGAGCUCAGAGAGACAUCAGAAUUCUGUGAGCUCCUGGGAUGAUUGGGAUGAGAAAGCAAGGAAGAAAGAGCCUGUAAAGGGGACAAAUGGUACUGAUCAAGAAUUUGGGCAGAACAACAAGGGCUGGAAUUCUUUUGAAUCGAACUCGGACAAACAUCAUAAUUCUGUGAGCUCCUGGGAUGAUUGGAAUGAGAACGAAAGGAAGAAAGAACCCGGAAAGGGGACACAGAGUGGUAGCGAAAGCUGGGCUGGUUGGGAUGAUGUGAAAGAUGAUGAUGGCUACGGCACCUACAAUCAUAGCACCCCAUCUGGCAACACUACUAAUCAGAACAGGAAAUCUGGUUCCACAUGGACAGAUGGUGGCUUCCUCUGAUGCUGGUCUAUUUUUGAUAUCAUUUUCCUAUAGCAUGGUAAGAUGCUUGUGUCAGUACUAAUUUAUAUUGUUGAUAGUUUGGGGUCUGCCCCAUUUUAGUUGCAAUAAACAGUGAUCUUCUUCUGUGUGCUGUCUUCUAUAUUUGCAAGAAUAGCAGAUAAUCAUGUUUGUGGAUCGUAUACCAUUUGAAAUUUUCUCAAGGAUGGUUCUGUUUCUUUCACUAAA